CCGGCCCUUUCCGGAUAAGAUCGGACACCGCUGCCAUAAGUACUACCCACUAUAUGGUCUAAAGUUUGUGUAUCCCUGACCAUCACACCCACACAAUGUCUUUGUAUGCCGAAGAAGCAUGACAACACCCUUAACACCGGUCAUAAAGCGAGCUCCAUGAAGACAUGGUGUAGAGGUUAAGGUUGGAGUGGGAGAAACCUGAGUGUCUGGGAUGAACUGAACCUGCAUGGAGCCACCUUAACAUCACCGUUUCAUCUCAUUAAUGCUCUUGCAGCUGAAUGAACACUAAUCCCCACACUUUAUCCCACUAAGCUUAUUAUAACACUAAAAUAUGACUAAAUCUGGAAUGUGAUGUUCACCAUUUACAUAUAAAUGUUAUCACCAGGUUUACACAUAUUCAAAUUCUUACUUAUGCAGCACGUGUGGGAUUUUUUAUUGUUCGUUUGUUUUUAUGCGCACAAUCGUUUGCAGCAUGGAUGUGCUCGGACGCACCCGUUGAAGACGCAGCCUCACCGCUGUAGGACUUUACACACUUCAUCUGGUCGAUUCGGUCUCUGUCGUCGUUUGGGGCGUCGAUUUAAGUGACUCGAAUCGUGCCUCGAAAUCACGACUUAUUUCCACUCGGCUUCAGAGAAAUGGACAACUCCGACGUGAAAACAGCUGCUUUUGACUCACAGGGUUACAGUCCAACAUGUAAAAGGAAAAGGACGGUGGAAGAUUUCAACAAGUUCUGCACAUUCGUCCUGGCCUAUGCUGGUUAUAUUCCAUAUCCUCAGGAGGAGACGUCACUCAGGAGCAGCUCGAGUCCCCCCAACAGCACGGGUAGCACGGCAGACAGCGACGGCCUUCCUUCUCCCGAUCAGCCUCCGCGCAAAAGCCGCAAGAGCUUCGGUGGCUUCAAGAGGCCCACGAAUGACGAGCCCGAGUUCCACAAGCGGCCCAAAUCUACGGGCUUCCUCCUGGAGGAGCGCAAGAAAACCGAUAAAAUGAAGAAGAAGAAAAAGAAGCCGACAGACAUAAUCAAGUCAGACGGUUCCGGGUCUUUUGCGCCGCUUCCCUCUGGCAGAGCAGAGAUUUCAGCUUUCGGUCAAAUCAUCAAGGAGGAGCCGGAGGAUUACAUCAGCAUCUCUACACCGCCCUCGUACACGGAGCGCUCCUCUCACCCCGGCACCAGCUCUCCGCUCAGGUCAUACGCUCAGGACACCGUAGGCUGCAAGAAGGAGCCUGAGGCCGAGCGAGCGUGCUGGGAUUCGUCACCCAGCUCGGGAACAGAGUCCAGAGGCGAGAGCAGGGAGAGGCUGGCGCUGCCUGAUGGAGAAGCCAUGGUCCUGAAGAUGGAGGGAUUGCCCGGCACUAGAACGGUGAUACGCCAGGGAAAGCAGGUGGUGUUUCGCGACGAAGACGGAUCCGCCGACGACGAGGACAUCAUGGUCGAUUCAGACGACGACUCGUGGGACCUGGUGACGUGUUUCUGUAUGAAGCCCUUCGCCGGCAGAGCGAUGAUCGAAUGCAACCAGUGCAACACCUGGAUCCACCUAUCCUGCGCCAAAAUCCGCAAGUCCAACGUCCCGGAGACGUACACCUGCCAGCAGUGCAAAGAUUCCAAGUUUGACAUCCGGCGCUCGAACCGCUCGCGCAUGGGCUCUCGAAAGCACCUAUUAGACUGACGUCGCUCGCGCCCCUCCCCGAGCGUGAACGCUGAUCGAGACAGGAGACGAGUACGGAAGAGGAAGGGCUUGGAACGCGUCAUUAAACUUUCACCUUCUUUUAUAUAUCGUCCACCUUCCUAACUUUUUAUGUUCUUUUUUUUUUUUUUUUUUUUUUUUUUUUUUUAAUUUUAUUUUUAUUUUUUUGUCCUUUUUUUUUUGCGUAAGGCAAUCAGAACCUUAGACGACGCAUUAAAGAGUAAAGAUUCUACAGAUGUUUCCAAAACGAAUGCCGUGUUCCCGAAGACUUUUAUGAGACACUUUCAGAAACAGCUGCGGGGACGAUGGCACUUUUUUUUUUUUUUUUCUUUUUUUUUUUUAAAACUCCCUUCUUAUAUAUGUAUAUAUAUAUAAAAGGGAGCAUUUGUACGCAUAUCUUUUGAACAGUAUGUCUGUAUUUGUUUGUUCCUCGUGUUGAGUUUAACUUGUCGUCAUCUCCUUGUGGAACUUUUCCGGAAUCCAAAAACGUCUAAGGAACGAAGAGGCACUAUAGUGUUCUAGUGAAAAUAUGUGGUACAGAAUCUGUCCUUAGAUGAGAAAUCCCUCUUCUCUUUUUCCUCACAACUCUGUCCAUCAGUGAGGGGUGGGGGCGUCUCACAGACGUCUCACAGACGUCCUCUUUAACGAAUCCGGUUCUGUUCUCCGCUUUAUUAACUGCCACGCCGUGCAUUUCCACAUGUGUGUUUUAGUUCAUCGUGGCCUUGGACCCGAGUGAUACGAGACAUUUGGUCAUACGUGUAUUGCCCAGAAGCAAAAACAAAAGGACUUUAUAUUUUAUUCUCGUUACCCGUUAAGAUUUCCGACUGCACCUUUGCUUGUGAUGUACACAACAGACUUGAAGUGAACUUGCAAGUGGACUCGGAUCCACCGGUAUUUCCCAGAAUCUAAGUAGCAGAGGGUUUUUUUUGUUUGUUUGUUUUUUGACGUGACUUACAUCAGAGCGUCCUCUCCUGAUCACUAAACACCAGUCUUUUCGGUCAGUGUCGGCUUCAACGGACGUUUCGAUUUGUGGCGGCAUUUUAACCCGCCAGAAAUCAGACGCUACUAGCUAGUCAUUUCCACUCUCAAACUCCUGUAGCGAGACGUUUUUAUUGCACUAUGCCCUUCUUGCUGUGGCAUUUUUAUGAAUAAUUUUUGCGUCGAAUACCACAAAGGUUCUAGCAUCACAAAGACGACCCACGUAGAUCACCCUCACCGAACCGUAGCGUUAGCCGAGCAGCCAGCGCUACGUUAGCGUUUACAGCUAGAGUUCACCGCGCUAACAUCGCUUUCAUUAGCUAACCACUUUAGAGCGGCGGAAUAACGCUCACUGUCUUUAAAAAAAAGGGGGGAGGAGCCAAUCCCCUUCAGAUGUUUAUAUAACUAUGCUAUUAUUUAUUUCCCACUUAUUUACACUCUCCGUAUCCCGUUGCGUUCCGAUUUCACUCUUGUUACAAAAUGAUAGGAAAGACAUGACGGUUAAAGGUGUGGCACCCAAUCAGUGACGAAUGACAGUAUUUACGACGUUAACGAUGAGCACAAUACGACGUUCACACGUCACAGGGAAAUUCUUAAAGCAGUCCUCCAGACGGCGCAGCUGAUUUUAGAAGCGCGUCGUCACAAACCUUUUAAAAGCUCAUCCUCCGUUCUAUACGACUGUAGAAUAAUAACCACUUUUAUACGCUCCAUUUCCCCGUGUUUUCAGUACGUGUACGAACAGUUCCCUCAUCGACACGCGAUCCCUCGUUUGUUUAAAAACGAUCCUACGACAGUCUUUUAGUACCGAGUCGCGCCUGCGACGUCUCAGGACGUCUCCUUUCAUCUCCGUGUUCACCGAUUAUUUAUUUGGAUAGUUUAGUUCUCCGUCGCUAAACGUUUCAUCUGUACCGUUUCACCCGAGCUCGAGAGUUCGAAGUGGUUUUUAUUUCCUCUUUUGAUUCGUUUUGUACAAUCUGUGCGUUCUGUUUGUAUAUAAUGUCAGAGGUAGCUCACGGAUGUCUUCACGUUUAGUUGGACUGGGAAUUUGGGGAAUUGUCGUCAGAGCUCUGGCGGCUCCAGGCUCGGAGACGGGAGCGCCGGGCCGGAGAGAGAGAGAGAGAAAGAGAACGAAUGUUUCUGUGAAACUGAUGUAAAUAAAGAGCUAAUGAGAAUUUAAUGGUGA